UCUCCUGUAGUGAAGUGAUCCGGUGAUUCAGUCACAAUGUGAUUGUGAUGUCUAGAACCGUCAUUAAAAAUGCGCAUGAUUGUAGUGUAUGGAUAGCUACAUCCAGGUGACAAUAUCAUAAAAAAAAUAUUCAAACCAUGCUGUGUUAGCACAAGGAAUUCUAAUUAAGAAUUUACUACUGAUUUUUUUUUCUGGUUGGCAGUAGUUUGCUUGAUUAUUUGCUUGUCUUACAUGCACAAGAGCCAAAGACGUAGUUAUAUUAGCACCACUAGUCUAAGAGGAUAAAUGAUUCUGUUGCGUUGUCGAUUUAUCAAUCAAUUGCUCAGAUGCUAAUUCAGUGUGCGGGCAAACCUUCCUCAUCCUUGCCCUUAUCUGCCUGUCACCAUCACCUGACCCAUAUCCCUUCAACUUGCAAUAUUUCCAAUUUGUGGAUAUAUAUGCUAUUUAGCCUUGGUCAUACCAUUCUCUUGCUCCCUUAGUCCUCAUUGCAUACCAUAGAACAUUCCUAGAUAGAGAACCACCGUGAGGAACAUGGCCGCGCUACAAAGAUCUUCGCAGACAUUUAGAAGGUCCGGUUCAUCUGGCUUGGUCUGGGAUGAGAGGCUUAUGUUAGAUGGUCAUAGCGAGAGAGAUCAAGAAGAUGGAGCCUUAGAGCUGAGACACUCCCGUAGUGUUGGGUUGAUUGGGCUGCAGCGUAGGCAUGGCGAUGGUGCAGGGCACACCAGGUGCAACAACAGCCAGGCGUUCCAUACUCGCCGUGUGCCCCCAGCACAGGAUCCUCCUUCACCCAAGGUUCCCGGAUGCAUCUUCUGUGGAAUUUUUAGGAAGCCGGUACUUUCAGAGCCAUCUAAACCAAGAAGGUUCUAGCCUUUUGUGCUCUUCUCAACUAUCUGUGCAGAGCUAUCAGUUUCUUUUUUCUUUGUGGCUUUGUAGUCAGGUCCAUCAUGUAUAGAUGUAAGUAGUAAGUCAUAUAGUUGCAGUUGCUGUCAGCUUUCUUCUUUUUAUGCUACUGUUCUGUUUUUUUUUUUACUGGUUUCCCUCUUGUUAGCUCAACACUAGUUAGCAGCUGUAUUCUAGAAUGCCCGCCUCUGCCAUCAUGUACUUGAUAGAGUAUGUGCAUAUCGUUGUAUCAUAUGUAUAAGCCCUUUGUACAUAUAAAUACAUAAUAUGAUGUAUGGCGUUUUCUAUCCUUUUUCA